GCAACGCUAAGCUGUAAAGCAAAAACAGAAAAAAAAAAAAAAAUCCUUCUCUCAGCUCUCCACUUGUGUCUCUUUUCUAUCAUCUUUUUCUUCUUCUUCAUUCAUCACUCCAUAUCAAUAAUCACUAAACACUGCAAAAAAAAAAAAUACAGAUAGCUUAUUAUAGUUAUCGUGCGCACGGCGCACUUUAGCCCCGGGGCAUUAUUGUGCGCCGCCCCGGUAUCUCCAUGGAUUCUUCUUCUUCCUCCUCUGCUGCUGUUCGCUUCAUUCGCACGGCAAUUAUGCUUUGAAAGCCAACCGCUCUGGCAGACCUAAAAGGAACCCUAGCGUUCCUCCGAUCGUCACUCCUCUUCUCGAUUUUAACAGAUCGUUUCGAUUUCAAAUCGAGGAAAAAGAAGCGGAGAAUCCACACUAUUUUUUACCGCGGCAGUAAAAUGCUCUGGAUUAUGCGUCUCUCCGGCUUCUUCUCCGUCGCGGUGGUUAUGAUCAUUCUCUCGCCGUCGCUCCAGUCGUUUCCUCCAGCUGAAGCGAUUCGAUCGUCGUUUGGAAAUCCAGCCGUUGAUUCGUUAAACCGGUUCUCAUUCCGAAAAGCUCCGACGUUCCGCAAUGCUGAUAAAUGUAGCUCCGGUAACAACCGAGUCGCCGUAAAAACCGGUAGUCUGUGUGAUCCUUCUCUUGUACAUGUUGCUAUUACACUCGACGUCGACUAUUUACGUGGCUCAAUCGCCGCCGUUCACUCUAUUCUGCAACAUUCACUCUGUCCGGAGAGUGUUUUCUUCCAUUUUUUAGUCUCCGAGACUGAUCUUGAAUCGCUAGUGAGGACGACGUUCCCUCAAUUGAAGUUUAAAGUGUAUUAUUUCAAUCCUGAGAUUGUUCGGAAUCUGAUCUCAACUUCCGUACGGCAAGCUCUAGAACAGCCGCUUAAUUACGCCAGAAAUUACUUAGCUGAUCUGCUAGAGCCGUGCGUCCGCCGUGUGAUCUAUUUGGAUUCCGAUUUAGUCGUGGUUGAUGAUAUUGAUAAGCUCUGGACUACAAAUUUAGGUUCUAGAACAAUCGGAGCUCCUGAAUAUUGCCUCGCAAACUUCACGAAGUAUUUCACCGCAAGUUUCUGGUCAAACAAACGGUUCUCCGGUACUUUUAACGGCAGAGAACCGUGUUACUUCAACACAGGAGUAAUGGUGAUAGAUCUAGUGAAAUGGAGACGGGUCGGAUAUACGAAACGAAUAGAGCGGUGGAUGGAAAUUCAGAAGAGUGAGCGGAUCUAUGAAUUAGGCUCUCUACCGCCAUAUCUGUUAGUUUUCGCGGGGCACGUGGCGCCGAUUGAGCACCGGUGGAAUCAGCAUGGAUUAGGAGGUGAUAAUGUGAGAGGGAGCUGCCGGGACUUGCAUGCCGGUCCGGUGAGCCUGUUGCAUUGGUCGGGUAGCGGUAAGCCUUGGCUGAGGAUUGAUUCGAAGCAAUCGUGUCCGUUGGAUGCACUGUGGGCACCUUAUGAUUUGUACGGACAUUCACAUUGAGUUUUAUGGUAAAUUCGCUUCCAGGACUACUGUUAAUUCUUCUUUCUUUUUGUCACUAAUGUUUUUUUUGUUCAUUUAUUUGUCGAUUUGGCACCUGUUCUUGAUUA